AUGAAAGCCAGUUGCCAGUGUAUUUUAGUUUUUGCCGUAUUAGUUGUUGUGCCUUACAGUAAUGGAAGAACACUGCAAUGUCCUGAAAUAUGUAAUCCUAGGCGUCGUGAGGUUUGUGGUUCGAACGGUGUGACCUACACCAACGAAUGCUUCCUGAAUAGAGCCGGUUGCUUAUCUGAUUCACCGGUCCGAUUUCGUCAUAGAGGCCGAUGUAUCGGCAGAAAUGUCAGUGGUAUUGAUGAAAGAUCUCUAAUUAACCUCAUUAAACAUCAAAAGAGUGGUCGGCAUAAAACAAGCGAUAGACAACGCAAACCACAACACCAGUGGGAACAAAUUAAGGGAGUUCGAGAACUCAUACGACGACUCUUUGGGUUUAACUUUAUAGAUGUGGAAGCGUUGAAGACUUUUAGUAGUCAUCGGAAAAAUGUUGAUGCAAAAGAAUAUCGAAUGGAAAAGCCACCCAGUGAAGGUUCUUUGUCCUCGUUGUCGGAGUAUACAACAAAACAUCAUGGAACAACAACAGACGAUACAUUGGGAGAAAGACGGCAACUGACAUUUGCUAUUGCCAGCAGUAAUGAUAUUGGCCAGACUACAAUGAUAGAGGCUUCUAAGACACAACCAACUGUACCAGACUGUAAUCAUUCGAAGAGUGGUAUUGUGGAACGUGCCACAAAAAUGCCAUCUGUACAAGAUUAUAGUACUCUACAGAGUACCACGACAGUUAGUUCUACAAGACAGCCAACUACACGAAAUGAUGAUACUCAAGAUAGUAUCCCAACAGAAAGUUCUACUACAGAGCCAACUACACCAGACUGUAGAAUUGAAGAGGGUACCACAACAGAGGUUUCUACAACAGGGCAAACUACACCAGACUGUAAUACUCUAGAGAGUAUCACAACAGGAAGUUUUACAACACAACCGACUACACCAAAUUAUGACAUUCCGCAGAGCACCACAACAGAGAGUUCUGCCACACAGACGUUUAGUGAGGCUAAUACUCCAGAGAGUACCAUAACAGUAAGUUCUACAACAUAUACAGCAACAUCAAAUUGUGAUAUUCCAAAGAGUACCACAACAGACAGUUCUACUACAAACCCAGCUACACCAAAUUGUGAUACGCCAGAGAGUUCUACAAUAGAGCUAUCCACAGAUAGUUAUACUCCAGAGAGUACCACACCAGAAAUUUCUACUACACAGCCAUCAAGAGUUUGUAAUACAUCAGAGAGUACCACAAAGGAAAAUUCUACAACAGAACCAAUUACAGCUAGCUAUAAUGCUCCAGAGAGUACCGCAACAGAAUUUUAUACAGCACAAAGAAAUGCACCAAAUUCUGAUACUCCACAGAGUAUCACAACAGAGAUUUCUACAACACGGUCUAUUACACCAAAUUGUGAUCAUCGAGAAAGCACCAGAACAGAGGCUCCAACAAUACAGCCAACUACAUCAAAUUGUGAUAUUCCAGAGCGGAUCAGAACAGGAACGUCUGCCAUACAACCAUCUACUGAGUACAAUGUUCCAGAGAGCACCACCGCAGAAAGCCCUACUAAACAUCCAGCUACACCAACUUGUGAUACCACAGUGAGUUCUACAAAAGAACCAUCAACAAAUUGUAAUAAUCCAGAAAGAACAAGAGAAGUUUCUACAACACAACCAUCAACGGAUUCUAAUACUCCAAACAUUACCACAAUAGAAGUAUUUACAACACAACCAUCAACAAAUUCUAAUACUCCAGGCAGUACCACAACAGAAAUUACUACAACACAACCAUCAACGGAUUCUAAUACUCCAAACAUUACCACAACAGAAUUCUUUACAACACAAUCAUCAACAGAUUCUUAUACUCCAUACAGUACCACAGCAGAAAUUUUUACGACACAGCAAUCAUCAGGUUGUAAUACUCCAGAGAGAACCACAAUAGAAAUUCCUACAACACAGCCAUCGACAGACUCUAAUACACCACACAGUACCACAACAGAAAUUGCUACAACACAACCAUCAACAGAUUCUAAUACUCCAAGCAGUAGCAUAACAGAAACGUUUACAACACAACCAUCAACGGAGUCUCAUACUCCAUACAGUACCACAACAGAAAUUGCUACAACACAACCAUCAACAGAUUCUAAUACUCCAAGCAUACCACAACAGAAAAUGCUACAACACAACCAUCAACAGAUUCUAAUACUCCAAGCAGUAGCAUAA